CUGAAACCAAAGAAAAGAUCGAUAUCUUCGCUGGAGUUCAUGGAAGAAGAUGGGAGUAAGCCUGAACCAGGGAGUGAGUUUUCCGGGCACUCAAGCUGGGACAGCGAUUACUUGUUCAGUAGCGAUCGAGAGAGUAGUAUUUUAAGCGAAUUCGGAUGGAAUCUACAACAGGAUACGGUGAUUAAAGAUCCAGACACUGGUGGUUGCUUCUCUAGUUUCGAUCAGAUCGAGUUGGAUGAAAGGUCGGAUUUGGCGGGAAGCUUUGGUUCACACUCACAGCAGAGUACUGGUGGUUGGAGUACUUCUCAACCGCCGUCGUGUCUUAGCCAGACGACGGUUGUUGCCUCGGGAUCGGUAUCGGUCGGCGGUGGUGGUGGCGAUGAAGCAUCGGCUUCGAAUCCGUCGGUGUCUUCGAGCUCGAGCGAUGAACCGCCGGAGAAGUCGACUGGAUCUGACGGAAAACCAGCUGAGAUAGCGAGCAAAGGUAGAAAGAAGGGGAAAAAGCGGAUUCGACAACAAAGAUUUGCAUUCAUGACUAAGAGUGAAGUUGAUCAUCUUGAAGAUGGCUACCGAUGGCGAAAAUAUGGACAGAAGGCUGUCAAGAAUAGCCCAUUUCCUAGGAGCUACUAUCGCUGUACAAAUAGCAAGUGCACAGUAAAGAAGAGAGUGGAACGUUCAUCUGAAGAUCCCUCAAUUGUUAUCACAACAUACGAAGGCCAACACUGUCACCACGCAGUUGGUUUCCCUCGUGGUUGUGUCAUCCCUCAUCAUGAAGCAGCUUCCUUGGCAGCCCGGUUUGGUGAUUCGACUUCGAAGCUGUAUCUUCCGAGGGUGCAGUUCCCCUUAGGAGGAGGGCCGCUUCAUGUCAGCCAAUUGCACCACCAGGUCUCAGGUGGUGAUGAAGUUGGGCAAUCUCAAAGCUUGUCGUCCCUGCAGGUACUGCCUCAGCCGACCCAGCAAAGACGGCCUCCAACAACUACGAAUGAAGGAUUGCUUGGUGAUAUUGUGCCUUCUGGAAUGCGUAACUCAUGAGAAAGCAAAUUAAAGAUGGUAUAUACUUGACCCUGCUCUCAAAAUGCUUCGGAAUCAAAUUCUGUUUUACCCAAUACUAAUAUAUAUUUCUAUCAUUUAUUUGUUUAAAGUAGCAAUAGCAUAGAUACCAUCUCUGAUCAACUGGCGCGUGUG